AUUACGCCGCGUCUUUAACGCCACCUCCGUCGCUUUAAAGGAAUCUUCUUGCUCUUUUGCUGCCGCAGCUGCCGCCUUCUGAGCCCUGCCUUCGAUUCCAUUCCCGGUGACGCUUUCGUCUCUUUCCGAAGAAGACCGGCGGAAUAAAGAGGGCCCUCUUUUCGGGUCACGCGACUCCCGAGUCCCCUCUCUUUACGGUUCCCCUCGGGAAGUUUCUCCCGAACGCGAAGGCGUAAUCCGGAGGCGAUGGUUGGGGGAUCGGACGAGGGGUUCUUGGCGUCCUGCGAUACGGUUUUCGAUCGGUUGUAGAGGCGAAAGGAGCCUUCUUUUUCUGUUUCUGUGGGUCGAUUCUUGCGUGCUUGGUGGUUAAUUUGGGUUGUGGGUGUUUGUGGUGAUUGCUGGUGACGGGAUGGGGCCCCUCGAUUCCUUUUGCGUAGUCGAUUCUUGGUGAUUUUUGGUUUAGGAAUUCUAUGAUUUGGGGUGUUUUGGGCUUCGUAAUCGUGGGUUUGGAUCAAUUGGUGUUAAGAUCUAAGUGGACGAGCAGGAAGCUGCGAUUUCUCCGGUAAGGAUUUUAGAGUUGGGUUGAUUUGGAAGGAGUGGCUGACAGAUUCUCUGAAAAUUUGGCUUUUGGUUCCGUGUUGGAUUUGGUGAGUUAUGAGUUAAUUCUUUGGUUCAACACGGAUGAACGCUGAAAAAUAGUUCUUUUUUUUAAUCGAAAAAGAAGUUAUUUUUUGUGUGUGUUUUCCAAGGGUUUAGAAGCCACGGAAGCUGAAAAAUGGAGAACACGAAUAGCUUUGAAGAAUUGUUCGAUAAUUCCGAUGUAGAAGAUGAAUUCCAAAGCUGUUGUACAGAGGACGAGGAGUGGCAGGACACGGAGGAAUCUUUGGCCCAAGGGUUCAAGGAUGAUCUCGAUGAACUCUCGUUAAGGAUGUUCUUCAAGGGUGUCUCUGCCUCGGAUUUGCACAGUAAAGAAUCUAGGGUUUCUGGAAUUGGAGUAGUAAUGGAAAGGUCUCCUGGGAUUCCCUUAAUUCAAGUGCAGAAGAAGCUCGAUUUCCAUGUAGAAGCAUUGGUGGCCGAGCACUUGGCACUGAUGGAUGGUCUAUUGGCAGCUCUGCAGAAUGGUGCCCGAAGGCUCUAUGCGUUCACGGAUUCAGAGAAAGUUUAUUAUCAGAUAGCAGAAACAGAAAUACUUGAUGACCAACUUUUGGUAGCUCUAGGACACAGAAUUCUAGAACUUGCUGAUCAACUAGAAGAUUUUGACUUACAACUAGUUUCUAGUUUUGAACUAGAGAGGCCAUUGCGCUUGGCCAAAGAAGCAAUUGGUGACUGUGCAAUGGACACUUGUUCUAUCUGUAGUGAGGAAAAGAUAAGUUCCAAGAUGAUAAAGAUAAAUUGUUCUCACAAAUUUUGUUCUGAUUGCAUGUUUAUAUAUGUUGAACGCAAGUUAAGGACCUUACAGGUUCCUAUAAGAUGCCCACAAGCGAGAUGCAGAAAUUUUAUUUCAGUCAGUGAGUGCAAGUCCUUUCUUCCUGUUGCUAGUUAUAAGAUGCUAGAGAGAGCUGCAAUAGAAGCAGAUGCUCAUAAUGGAGACCGAAUCUUUUGCCCAUUUCAGAAUUGUUCAGGGUUGAUCAAUUGUGUCAAUCAUUUGUCUUCUAGAGCAAGCUCAUCAACUCAGCCAGACAUCAACUGUGUUGAGUGCCCAGAGUGUCACAGAGAUAUAUGUAUUGGCUGUCGUGUACCAUGGCAUUCUUUGAUGUCAUGUGAUGAGUAUCAGAACCUACCUGCAGAAGAGAGAGAUGCAGGGGAUAUCACUUUGCAUCAAUUGGCACAAAAUGCUAGGCAGAGACGCUGCCAGCAGUGCAGGCAAAUGAUUGAGCUCGCAGAUGGGGGCUACCACAUGACCUGCUGGUGUGGGCAUGAGUUCUGCUAUUUAUGUGGUGCUGAAUAUAGGAAUGGGAUUCAGACAUGUCAAUGUGCCUUUUGGGGUGAGAAUAGCCUGGAAUCCUCUGCAACGUCGAAUCAAGAGUCAGAGCUGUGGACUUGGGAGUCUUUUGAUUCUCUGCCGACGGUUAUGGAUGAGUACUCGGAGCAAGAAAGAGCACAACUGGCUCUGAUACAAAGGUUUCUUGCUGGAGGAUUCAGCCUUAGUGAACACCACCACCCUUCCCAAUCACCCCCUCGGUGUUCUGACUCAUACAUGGAUACCAUGAGAGACCUCCACCAGCUCCCAUGGCUCGAGAGGUUUGUAUCUGUGAUUAGUGAUAGCUACCAUGAGGAUUUUGUCCAGUGAAUUCAGUUCAGCAUCCUGCUGCACACUGUUUCUGGCUAAUAAAUGCUGGCAUUUCUCAAAACGUGGGGUAAAGGCGUACAGGUGAAUGUACAAACUCUUACCUCAUAAUAUAUAGGGUUUGCUAUCAAAAUAUUUGGUGCGUCGGAGACUGUUGUUGAUAAGUAGUAUGCUUGUAAUGGAAGUCAUAUUCUAGAAUCUAGAAAAUGUGGUACUGUGUGAAGGUUUGGUGAAGUAAAGAGUCGCUUCCAUUGAGUUAA